GGGUUUCGGAUCCUUACGGGGGUUUUGUCACCUUUGCGAUCAACCCCACGACGAUGAUGCUCCUCCUCUAGACUCGAGGUUUCGCUGCGAGGUGCGAGUGAUUCUUGUCAGGAGUUGCGAUUUUCCCAAUCGGGAUGCAGAGUAUGUAGCGCAGGGGCUUCGUUCGGGGCACUUGAGGAUCGAUCGCAGGCAGCGAUGGCCACGGCCUACGGACGCAGACUGUGCUGCGACCUAAUUCAGACUCACUUCGGCGAAUUUGUACAGAAAGUUGUCAAGUGUCUAGUUUACCGCGGCCCGCUGGCAUUGGCGGACAUUGCCCGGUUUUCGGAGUUGAACCCUUCGACGCUCAAGAGUUCCCUGCUUGUUCUCGUUCAGCACAGUUGCGUCCAAGCGUACAAAGUCGAACACGAGGGUGUUGGCUCAGCACCUCCACGUGUUUCAACUUCGUAUGUUCCGUUAUGUGACAAUAUUCUUCACCGCAUGCGCUUUCCGAAAUUUCUCUUAGCAGUGCGUGAAGAUUUGGGCGAAGAGGCAGAGUCGUUGGUAGAGGGAUUGCUUGAGCAUGGUCGGCUUACUUUGGAGCAAAUCACACAACGGACUGCUGCGAAAGCUGGAAAAACGGAAGCAGAGGUGGUGAAGGGGGUGAAAGAAACGUUUGCAAAGCUGGUGGCCGCACGCUUCAUUGAGAGAUGCCCAGCUGCUGAACCUUCUUUGCAACCAAAGGAUUCUAACGUAGAACCUCCAAAGAAAGUGCCACGCGGUGCUGCCAAAGCGCGUGGACCAAUACUUUCUGCGCAAGACACUGUAUCUGAAGUAGUUCAGCGCAUCCUCAAAGCUGCAGCUCCGGAUGAGACAGACAGAUUUCGAUUGCCAAUAUCCAUGGCUGGCAUGAGUGCCCCGAUUGUGGACAAUGAAACGACUGAUCCUAGUUCGCUUCCGCAGAAGAGGAAGUUCGAAGCCCUUAAGAUGGAUUCGAAGACCGCUGCUGCAGUUGAUGAGAAGGAAGUUUUAUGGCGAGUUAAUUUUGAGCAAUUCUUGCGGAAACUAAGGCACCAGACAUGUGUUGACAUGGUUAGGACCAGGCUCGACGCAGGAGCUGCUAUAAUUCUAAGCGCGAUGCUUCAAGCAACAGGGAAUCAAGAAACAUCUGCUAGACAACAUCAUUCAGUUCCCCUUUCCAUGGAUGCUAUUACUCAAGCUGUUCGGUCAACACCAGACGGCCAACAUAUGACUUUAGAGCGCAUUCGAGGUUUAGUAGCACAACUUGCUUCUGAUGGAGUUGGUUUUCUCGCUAAAGCUGGAGAAGGAGGCAACAGUUAUGCUAUCAAUAUGCACAACAUCAUAGAAGCGCGCCAAAGGAACGAGGUGGAGGGUAUAGUUUUGCAGCGGUUUGGGAGGGAAUGCUGUCGUAUUUAUAGACUUUUGGCCAUAAAGGGACAACUCGAACAAAAGCAAAUUGGAGAAAGAGCGAUGGCUCCAAAAAAUGUGAAAGAGUUGCUUUAUCGUCUUCUUAAGGAGCAAUACGUUCAAGUGCAGGAAAUUGCUAAAACGUCUGAACAUAUAGCGAGCAAGUCUAUAUAUUUGUGGAAAGUGAAUUAUCGAGCUGUGCUGUAUAGAGUUUUAGAUGACUUAUACCACGCAGCAACAAAUUUGUGCCUUCGGCAUGCACAUGAAAUUCAGAAGGAGCAAGAGGUUUUGGGACUUGUGGACCAGCUAGAUGCAACAAGGGAUGCAGGAGACGGUGCGCAAGUGUCGCAUGUGACAUUGACCAGUGCCCAGCAGGAUCAAGUAAAGCGUAUUAGCCGAAUCACAAAAAUUUUAGAUGCUUCAUUGUUAAAACUCGAUGAUGCAAUAUUACUUUUCCAUGAUUUUUGAGGUCAUAUGAUUGUGCCACGAUGUGGUACGGAUGAAUAUUUUUGCUCGCUUUUUGCGUGCAUCGAGAGGUCACCGAAAUCUAUAAAAGAAUAUUGUGAUGUGACGUUGCAACAGUUGUUUCACAAA